AUGACUUUCUUUAAUAUUUUCAUUUCCUACUUUCCAUUUUCUCUCUUUUGCUACGUGCUCUUAUGUCUUGUACAUUUUCUCUGCCCAUUUACGAUUUCACUCUCUGAUUUUCUUUUCUUACUUUCGCUAUCUAUUUCCUCUUUUAUUUCAUUUUGCUACUUUCCUUUUUCAAUUUUCUCUGUUAGUUUCGUUUCCUACUUUCGCUUUCCUUUUUCUAUUUUCUCUUUUAUUUCCUACUUUCACUUUCCUUUUUCUAUUUUCUCUGUUAGUUUAGUUUCCUACUUUCGCUUUCCUUUUUCUAUUUUCUCUUUUAUUUCCUACUUUCACUUUCCUUUUUCUAUUUUCUCUGUUAGUUUCGUUUCCUACUUUUGCUUUCCUUUUUCUAUUUUCUCUUUUAUUUCCUACUUUCUUUUUCCUUUUUUAUUUUCUCUCUUCCAACUUUCGUUUUCCUUUUUCUAUUUUCCCUUUUACAUUAGCUUCCUACAAUUUUCAUUUUGCUACUUUCACUUUUAUUUUCCUACUUUCACUUUCCAACAUUCCCGCAUUGCCUUUUACUUCCCUACCGUCCCUUUUCACUUUUCUUCUUUCUGUUCUCAUAUAUUCUGUCCAUUUUUUUUACUCACUUUUAUCUCUUUCGAAUCUUCUUUUCCUACAUUCUCUUCUCUUUAUAUUUCAUGA